AUGGGCAUCACAAACGGCAACGGUAGCUCAUUGGCCGCCAAACACAACCUCCCCUCACAUUUCAUCGGUGGCAAUGCCCUCGAAUCAGCAAGCCCAAGUGCCGUGAAGGACUUUGUGGCCGCUCACGAUGGUCACUCCGUCAUCACGUCGGUGCUUAUUGCCAACAACGGUAUCGCCGCUGUCAAAGAGAUCCGUUCAGUGCGGAAAUGGGCUUACGAGACCUUUGGCAACGAGCGCGCCAUCCAGUUCACUGUGAUGGCCACGCCGGAAGAUCUACACGCCAACGCCGACUAUAUUCGUAUGGCCGAUCAAUACGUCGAGGUUCCCGGUGGAACGAAUAAUAAUAACUAUGCCAACGUCGAGUUGAUUGUCGACGUGGCGGAGCGCAUGGAUGUCCACGCCGUGUGGGCUGGAUGGGGUCACGCUUCCGAAAACCCUCGGUUACCCGAAUCGCUGGCUGCUUCUCCCAAGAAGAUUAUCUUCAUUGGACCCCCUGCUUCGGCUAUGCGCUCAUUGGGUGACAAGAUUUCCUCCACCAUUGUUGCACAGCACGCUGGUGUGCCGUGUAUCCCUUGGUCUGGAACCGGUGUCGACGCUGUCAAGCUCGAUGAGCACGGGAUCGAAGGUCUGGAGAAGGCCAAGGAGAUUGGCUUCCCCGUCAUGAUCAAGGCCUCCGAAGGUGGUGGUGGUAAGGGUAUUCGAAAGGUCGAGAACGAGGAGGAGUUCGUUUCUCUCUACAAUGCCGCUGCCAACGAGAUUCCGGGCUCGCCUAUCUUCAUCAUGAAGCUGGCUGGAAACGCCCGCCAUCUGGAGGUUCAGUUGCUGGCUGAUCAGUACGGUAACAACAUUUCCCUGUUCGGUCGUGAUUGUUCCGUUCAGCGUCGUCACCAGAAGAUUAUUGAGGAGGCUCCUGUGACUAUUGCUAAGCAGCCUACCUUCCAGGCCAUGGAGCGCGCUGCUGUCAGCCUUGGUCGCUUGGUCGGAUACGUUUCUGCUGGUACCGUCGAGUACCUGUACUCGCACUCCGAUGACAAGUUCUAUUUCCUCGAGUUGAACCCCCGUCUUCAGGUCGAGCAUCCCACCACUGAGAUGGUCUCCGGAGUCAACCUACCCGCUGCUCAGCUCCAAAUUGCCAUGGGUAUCCCUCUCCACCGCGUCCGUGACAUUCGUCUCCUCUACGGUGUUGACCCUAACACCUCCGCCGAAAUUGACUUCGACUUCUCCAACGAGGAGAGCUACCAGACCCAGCGUCGUCCCCAGCCCAAGGGCCACACCACUGCCUGUCGUAUCACCUCCGAGGACCCCGGCGAGGGUUUCAAGCCUUCCAGCGGUACCAUGCACGAGCUGAACUUCCGUUCUUCCUCGAACGUCUGGGGUUACUUCUCCGUCGGUACUGCCGGUGGUAUCCACAGUUUCUCCGACAGUCAGUUCGGUCACAUUUUCGCCUACGGUGAGAACCGUUCUGCCUCGCGAAAGCACAUGGUUGUUGCUCUCAAGGAAUUGAGUAUUCGUGGUGAUUUCCGUACCACCGUCGAGUACCUUAUCAAGCUUCUCGAGACUCCCGCCUUCGAGGACAACACCAUCACCACCGGAUGGUUGGACCAGCUUAUCUCCAACAAGCUGACUGCCGAGCGCCCCGACCAGAUUGUUGCCAUCAUCUGUGGUGCUGUCACCAAGGCCCACCUCGCCAGCGAGGCUGGAAUUGAGGAGUACCGUAACGGUCUCGGAAAGGGUCAGGUUCCCUCCAAGGAUAUCCUCAAGACUGUCUUCCCUGUCGAUUUCAUCUACGAGGGCGAACGCUACAAGUUCACCGCUACCCGCGCUAGCUUGGACAGCUACCACCUCUUCAUCAACGGCUCCAAGUGCUCCGUCGGUGUCCGUGCCCUUGCUGAUGGUGGUCUCCUGGUUCUCCUCAGUGGACGCAGUCAUAACGUCUACUGGAAGGAAGAGCCCGCUGCCACUCGUCUCAGUGUCGACGGCAAGACCUGCCUCCUCGAGCAGGAGAACGACCCCACUCAACUCCGUACUCCCUCCCCCGGUAAGCUUGUCAAGUUCACCGUUGAGAACGGUGAGCACGUCCGCUCUGGCCAAGCUUACGCCGAGGUUGAGGUCAUGAAGAUGUACAUGCCCCUCAUUGCUCAGGAGGACGGUGUUGUGCAGCUCAUCAAGCAGCCCGGAGCUACCCUUGAGGCUGGCGAUAUUCUUGGAAUCCUCGCUCUUGAUGAUCCCUCCCGCGUCAAGCACGCUCAGCCCUUCACUGGUCAGCUGCCCGAGCUUGGCUCCCCCGUUGUGGUCGGUACCAAGCCUCCUCAGCAGUUCUUCCUGUUGCACAGCAUUCUGGAGAACAUUCUCCGCGGUUUCGAUAACCAGGUCAUCAUGGGUACCACCCUGAAGGAGCUGGUUGAGGUUCUGCGUAACCCUGAGCUGCCCUAUGGCGAGUGGAACGCCCAGUCUUCUGCCCUGCACUCUCGCAUGCCCCAGAAGCUGGAUGCUUCCCUCCAGGCUAUUGUUGACAAGGCUAAGGCUCGCAAGGCUGAGUUCCCUGCCAAGCAGCUCCAGAAGACCAUUGUUCGCUUCAUUGAGGAGAACAUCAACCCUGCCGAUGCUGAGAUCCUCAAGACUACUCUGCUGCCCUUGAUCCAGGUCAUCAACAAGUACCUCGAUGGCCUCAAGUCCAACGAGUACAAUGUCUUCAUUGGUCUGCUUGAGCAGUACUACGAGGUUGAGAAGCUGUUCUCCACCCACAACUUCCGUGAUGAGGAUGUUAUCCUGAAGCUUCGUGAGGAGAACAAGGAGGACAUUACCGGCAUUGUCCACACUGUCCUCUCCCACAGCCGCAUCGGUUCCAAGAACAACUUGAUCCUGGCUAUCCUCGACAUGUACCGCCCCAACCAGCCCAACGUGGAGAACGUUGGCAAGUAUUUCAAGCCUGUCCUUAAGAAGCUGACCGAGCUCGAGUCUCGAUCCUCCGCCAAGGUCACUCUCAAGGCCCGUGAGGUUCUGAUCCAGUGUGCCAUGCCCUCUCUCGAGGAGCGUCUCUCCCAGAUGGAGCACAUUCUCAAGUCUUCCGUUGUCGAGUCUCGCUACGGUGAGACCGGCUGGGAGCACCGUGAGCCUGCCUUCGAGGUCCUCAAGGAGGUCGUUGACUCCAAGUACACCGUCUUCGAUGUGCUGCCUCGCUUCUUCGUUCACUCCGACCCCUGGGUGACCCUCGCCUCUCUGGAAGUUUACAUCCGCCGUGCUUACCGUGCCUACACCCUCAAGGGCAUUGAAUACCACUCCGGCACUGAGCAGCCCUUCUUGUCCUGGGACUUCACUCUCGGCAAGCUUGGCCAGCCUGAGUUCGGCUCGCUUUCUUCCACCCAGCCCUCGGCUCCUGGUACCCCCAUCGCCGAAAGCAACCCCUUCAAGCGCAUCAACUCCAUCAGCGACAUGUCUUACCUUGUCAACGACCCUGCCAGCGACCCUGUUCGCAAGGGUGUCAUCAUCCCUGUGCAGUACCUGGAGGACGCUGAGGAGUACAUCUCCAAGGCUCUCGAGGCUUUCCCUCUCGGCGGCUCUGCCAAGCGCCCCAGUGAUCACGGUCUGAUUGCCAACCUUGAGGGCAAGCGCAAGCCCAUCCCCAAGCCCGAGAGCGACAGUGAGCUCACCGGUGUCUGCAAUAUCGCCAUUCGCGAUAUCGAGGAGCAGGAUGACAACGAGAUUGUUGCCCAGAUGAAGAAGAUGCUUGUCGACUGCAAGGACGAGCUUCUGGCCCGCCGUAUCCGUCGUGUCACCUUCAUCUGUGGUAAGGAGGGGGUCUACCCCGGCUACUUCACCUUCCGUGGUCCCCACUACGAGGAGGAUCUCAGUAUCCGUCACAGCGAACCUGCUCUUGCCUUCCAGCUGGAGCUUGGCCGUCUGAGCAAGUUCAAUAUCAAGCCUGUCUUCACAGAGAACCGUAACAUCCACGUUUACGAGGCUAUUGGCAAGGGUCCCGAGAACGACAAGGCCAUUGACAAGCGUUACUUCAUUCGGGCUGUCGUGCGUCCCGGUCGUCUUCGCGAUGAUAUUCCCACUGCUGAAUACCUGAUCUCGGAAGCUGACCGCCUGAUGAACGACAUUCUGGACGCUCUGGAGAUCAUUGGCAACAACAACUCCGAUUUGAACCACAUCUUCAUCAACUUCUCUCCGGUCUUCAACCUCCAGCCCGUCGAUGUCGAGCAGGCCCUUGCCGGUUUCCUCGACCGCUUCGGUCGUCGCCUGUGGCGUCUCCGUGUCACCGGUGCUGAGAUCCGUAUCCUUUGCACUGACCCGGCUACCGGCAUGCCUUACCCCCUGCGUGUUAUCAUCAGCAACACCUACGGUUUCAUCAUUAACGUUGAGCUGUACAUCGAGCGCAAGUCCGAGAAGGGAGAGUGGAUCUUCCAGAGCAUUGGCGGCACCACCAAGCUGGGCUCCAUGCACAUGCGCCCUGUCUCUACUCCUUACCCUACCAAGGAGUGGCUGCAACCCAAGCGUUACAAGGCUCACUUGAUGGGAACUCAGUACGUGUACGAUUUCCCCGAGCUCUUCCGCCAGGCUUUCCAAAACAGCUGGACCAAGGUUGCCGAGAAGAUUCCUUCUCUGUACGAGAAGCGUCCUCCCGUUGGCGAGUGCAUUGACUACAGCGAGCUUGUCCUCGAUGACACCGACAACCUUGUCGAGGUGUCCCGCGAGCCCGGUACCAACAGCCACGGUAUGGUUGGUUGGAUCGUCACUGCCCGUACUCCUGAGUACCCCCGCGGCAGACGUUUCAUCAUUGUCGCCAACGACAUUACCUUCCAGAUUGGUUCGUUCGGUCCCCAGGAAGACAAGUUCUUCCACAAGUGCACUGAGCUCGCUCGCAAGAUGGGUAUUCCUCGCAUCUACCUGUCUGCCAACUCCGGUGCUCGCAUUGGUAUGGCCGAUGAGCUGAUCCCCUACUUCUCUGUUGCCUGGAACAACCCCGAGAAGCCCGAGGCCGGCUUCAAGUACCUCUACCUCACCCCCGAGGUCAAGAAGCGCUUCGAUGCCAGCAAGAAGAAGGAAGUCAUCACGGAGGAGAUCACUGAUGAGGGUGAGAUCCGCCACAAGAUCACCACCGUCAUUGGUGCCAAGGAUGGUCUUGGUGUUGAGUGUCUGAAGGGAUCCGGUCUCAUUGCCGGUGCCACCUCCAAGGCUUACGAGGACAUCUUUACCAUCACCCUGGUCACCUGCCGUUCCGUCGGUAUCGGUGCCUACCUUGUUCGUCUCGGUCAGCGCGCCAUCCAGGUUGAGGGCCAACCCAUUAUCCUCACUGGUGCCCCUGCCAUCAACAAGCUGCUCGGUCGCGAGGUCUACACUUCUAACCUGCAGCUCGGUGGUACCCAGAUCAUGUACAAGAACGGUGUUUCUCACAUGACUGCCAACGACGACUUCGAGGGUGUCCAGAAGAUUGUCGAGUGGAUGUCCUUCGUCCCCGACAAAAAGGGUGCUCCCAUCCCUAUUCGCGCCUUCUCUGACGACUGGGACCGCGAUAUUGGCUUCUUCCCUCCUCCCAAGCAGCCUUACGAUGUUCGUCACCUCAUCGGUGGUAAGGAUGAUGUCGACGGCUUCCUGCCUGGUCUGUUCGACAAGGGCUCCUUUGAGGAAGCCCUCGGUGGCUGGGCCCGCACUGUCGUCGUCGGUCGCGCCCGUCUCGGCGGUAUCCCCAUGGGUGUCAUCGCCGUCGAGACCCGCUCUGUCGAGAACGUCACCCCUGCCGAUCCCGCCAACCCCGACUCCAUGGAGAUGAUCUCCACCGAGGCCGGUGGUGUCUGGUACCCCAACUCCGCCUUCAAAACCGCCCAAGCCCUGCGCGACUUCAACAACGGAGAGCAGCUCCCCGUCAUGAUCCUCGCCAACUGGAGAGGAUUCUCUGGUGGCCAGCGCGACAUGUACAACGAGGUCCUCAAGUACGGAUCCUACAUCGUCGACGCCCUCGUCAAGUACGAGCAGCCCAUCUUCGUCUACAUCCCUCCCCACGGCGAACUUCGCGGUGGAUCCUGGGUCGUCGUCGACCCAACCAUCAACCCAGACCAGAUGGAGAUGUACGCCGACGAAGACGCCCGCGGUGGUGUCCUCGAGCCAGAGGGUAUUGUUGGAAUCAAGUACCGCCGCGACAAGCAGCUGGACACAAUGGCCCGCCUGGACGCCCCCUACGGCGAACUCCGCCGCGCCCUGGCAGACACCUCCCUGACCAAGGAGCAACUCUCCGAGAUCAAGACCAAGAUGGCCGCCCGCGAGGAACAGCUCCUGCCCGUGUACAUGCAGAUCGCCCUGCAAUUCGCCGACCUGCACGACCGCGCCGGUCGCAUGCAAGCCAAGAACACCAUCCGCAAGCCCUUGCAAUGGCAAAACGCCCGCCGCUUCUUCUACUGGCGUCUCCGUCGCCGUCUCAGCGAAGAGCUCAUCGUCAAGCGCAUGGUCGCCGCCUCUGGCGCCCCUGCUGCCGUCGACUCCGACUCUUCCGCUCGUGCUACCCACCUCCGCACCCUGCACGCCUGGACUGGUCUGCUCGACGAUGAACUCGAGCACGAUGACCAGAAGGUCGCUGCUUGGUAUGAGGAGAACAAGAAGCUCGUACAGAACAAGGUUGAGGCGCUUCGUACCGAGGGCGUUGCUUCGGAGGUUGCUCAGCUGCUGAUUGGUAACAAGGAGGGUGGUCUUCGUGGUGUCCAGCAAGUUCUUUCUAUGCUUCCUGUUGAGGAGCGUGAGAGUGUUCUCAAGUAUCUUGGCUCUGCUUAG